GCUCUGACGAGAUCCACGGGGCCGGGGCUCCCGGCGGCUGUCGCUCGGGCUGCGGCUGCCGCGGCUCCUGUGCGGCGCCCGGCGCUCGGGGCGCGGCGAUGGAACCGUUGGCACCCAUGCGGCUGUACACGCUCUCCAAGCGCCACUUUGUCCUCGUGUUUGUUGUCUUCUUCGUCUGUUUUGGCCUGACCGUCUUCGUUGGGAUCAGAGGGCCCAAAGUGAUCCAGACUUCUGCAGCUAAUUUUUCACUAAAUAAUAGUAAAAAGCUGAAGCCAAUUCAAAUACUUUCAAAUCCACUGUCUACAUAUAAUCAGCAACUAUGGCUGACAUGUGUUGUGGAGCUGGAUCAAUCAAAAGAAACAUCCAUUCAGACAAGCUUCCUCAUGACCGUUAAAGUUGAUGGUGUAGCUCAAGAUGGGACCACCAUGUUCAUUCAUAACAAAGUUCACAAUCGGACAAGGACCCUCACCUGUGCGGGGAAGUGUGCAGAAAUUAUUGUGGCUCAUCUUGGCUACUUAAAUUACACUCAGUAUACCGUGAUUGUGGGAUUUGAACACCUGAAGGUACCCAUCAAGGAAAUGAACUUCACGUGGAAGACUUAUGACCCGGCAUUUUCUCAGUUGGAAAUUUGGUUCCGAUUUUUCUUUGUGGUGCUUACCUUCAUUGUCACGUGCCUGUUUGCACAUUCCCUCCGGAAGUUUUCCAUGCGAGACUGGGGGAUGGAGCAGAAGUGGAUGUCCAUUCUUCUGCCUCUGCUGCUGCUUUACAAUGAUCCGUUCUUCCCCCUCUCCUUCCUGGUGAACAGCUGGUUUCCAGGCAUGCUGGACGAUCUCUUCCAGUCUGUGUUCCUUUGUGCCUUGCUGCUCUUCUGGCUGUGCGUGUACCACGGGAUACGGGUUCAGGGAGAAAGGAAGUGUUUGACUUUCUAUUUGCCCAAAUUCUUCAUUGUCGGACUGUUGUGGUUGGCUUCUGUCACACUGGGAAUAUGGCAGACAGUUAAUGAAUUACAUGAUCCAAUGUACCAGUAUCGAGUUGACACAGGAAAUUUUCAGGGAAUGAAGAUUUUCUUCAUGGUGGUGGCAGCCGUGUAUAUUUUAUACCUUCUGUUCUUGAUCGUGCGGGCCUGUUCUGAGCUGCGUCACAUGCCUUAUGUAGAUCUCAGGUUAAAAUUUUUGACUGCAUUGACUUUUGUAGUGCUUGUUAUUAGCAUCGUCAUCCUUUAUUUAAGGUUUGGAGCACAAGUAUUACAAGACAAUUUUGUAGCUGAACUGUCAACUCACUACCAGAAUUCAGCUGAAUUCUUAUCUUUCUACGGCUUGUUGAACUUUUACCUCUACACUUUGGCCUUUGUGUACUCUCCGUCGAAGAACGCCCUGUAUGAGUCGCAGCUGAAAGACAACCCUGCAUUCUCGAUGCUGAAUGACUCUGACGAUGAUGUGAUCUAUGGGAGCGACUAUGAAGAAAUGCCCCUGCAGAAUGGCCAGGCCAUCCGGGCACAGUACAAGGAAGGAUCUGAGAGUGACUGAGUCCCGGGCCGACGCGUUGCUGCCUCGCCGCUUCCUGACUGCCUCUGCCACUGCUGGUGUUCGGCCUGGUCUCAGAAGCAGAGGAUUCCUGGUCCUUCUGUGUUUACGUAUUUUUGAAAGGAAAACCAAAACCAAGGACAAAUUUAACCAUUGGGCCAAAUUAAUUGUUAGAGCGGCUGCCUUUAUUUGAGAAGAGAGGUGCUGAUAACAAGCAUGAACAGCCAAUUCCCUUUUCAAAGAUUUCAGAUGAGAAAGAGUUCAUUUUUAGUGGUGAGGAGGUAAUUACUCCUGUUUUUAGUGAAUUUUUUUUUUUUAAUUGCUCAUUCUGAGUCCAUGGAAAACCCUUAUGAAUGAGGUCAUAAGCAUGGUGAAGGUCUCCUCUUUCCUCCUUUCUUCCUGCCCUGUACCAGUUUCCACCAUUGAAAUUCAAAGGAAGCCUGUUUCUGUGCCUGUCUCCUGGGGGCAGACCUUCCCCCUGGAGUGGCCGGUGCUCUGGCUAACCGAGCAUCCUAAGUGACUAGGAACUCCUGUCCAAAAUGCCUGUGCAAUGGCUCAUUAGGGCAAUGGUGGGCAGGUGGGUGCUAGCCCCUCACGGCCACUGGGCAGAACUAGUGUUGUGGGGUCUGAGGAGGACUGGCUGAGGUUCAUAAGGAAAGGGUGAGAUGACAAGAGCCAGCUCCAGGGGAGAGGUCUUGCUGCCAUAGUUUCCAAGGGCCUGUGUCCACACGCGUGUGCAUGUGAGCAUUAUAUACAUGAAUGUGAACGGAUGUGGUGUGGGGUGGGGAAGAGGGUAUCCACUACAGUUCCUAUGAGCUGUCAUUUCUACAACUCCAUUAAGAGAGAACACCCCGUGGAACUUAUUUUUUAAUGAAAGCUAAACAAAGGAUUGAUAUAUUAUUAUAAAUUUUUUAUCUUGAAAAAAUUUUUCAGUUCCACAUUUGAAACAGAUGAAAGAAGUAAAACAUUUUGGAUGACUUGUGGAAAGCAUAUCUUUGGGUAGAAGGUCACUUGCUGCGAAUCAUGCCCCGCUCCCCAGUGGCCAGGGAAGAGAAAAGUUGUCUGGAGCUGCUGAAUCUGUGGCAUCAGAGAAGGCCCUGGAGAGUUGCCAGUUCCUUUUUGUCAAAGACAAAGUGUAGAAGGCUGGUAUAGAGCUCUCCUUUCCUUUUCCUUUGACAAUGCACAAUAACGUCUCUCUUGAACCGUUACCGUACGGUCAUGGCUAACAUCCAUUGAUGGCGUCUUGGUAGAUGCAGCAGCAUAGGGUAGGGUUGUUCCGCUCCGCAAGCAGUACCUACGUUUCCUUCAUCUAUGCAUUAACUCUCAAAUAGCUAAAAAUUGUAUUCACUUUAGGUAGUGCUGGGCCCUUAGAGAGGUUCAUGAGAGACUUCUCAUUAUGGCUUCACAUCUUUCUGUUUAAACCUUAGUGAUAAUGUACCUUUAAUAUGGAUUCCAUUUGUUUUUAAAACCUUGUAAAUAUAAAAGUUUGGAUUAAAACAACUAUAUUACUGCAAGGGUAAUUCAAGUCUACAUGGUUUUUACAUUUUCAGUGGUGUGAUCACUUUUUUUUUUUUUAAUGAUUACUUUUUUUUUUUUGAUUCCGUGUACUCCAAGGUAUUGGAAGAAUUUUUCUGUUACCACAUUUUUCAACUUCUAACUAGAAAUAAUUUAUGUAAAUUGAUGAAAACUUGUGCUGAUUAAUGUAUUCUAGUAUGUGAUAUAGUUUACAAGUUUUAAUCAUUAUUAAAUGUCCAUAAUUUGGAAUGCUUUUAUUUAUCAGCAAAUGUAAACUACUUGAGGCAUUUAGCCAUAUACAUUAGAACUUUUUAAAACUUGUCUUUGUCCUAUAGUGUAAUUAUAAACUGAUGACUGAUCUCUUCAUACUUGAUUCUUCAUGGCACCAAGUCACUGAAAUGAAAAUAUGGGAGUAUUUAUUUACUUUUUAUAACUAAGUUGGAAACAAAAUUAUAAAAGAAAGUACUUAAGGGGAAAAUGGCUCUCUGUUAAAUCGUGCAUUCUCAGUCUUGUCUCUGGUGUAUCAUAUAUAGAUCAACAUUUACGCACUCCAUGUAAAGAUUUGCUUAACGUAUAUAGCACUUAGCAUGUAGUAUAUAUGCCGUAGGUAUUAGAUUAAAACACUAAAGUCUGCCAGAAAUUGUAGACAGUAGCAAGAAAACUGUUUUUUUUUUCUUGGAGAGUAUCAAAGUUUUGCAAACUUCAAUUGUAAAUUCAAAGGGCUGACUUUAGUUCUUCCAUGGUAAUGGCUUGAAUAACAUCAUCUUUGGGUAAUUUUUUACACUGGUCCAGUCUAGGGGAACCUGGAAGAUGACCGUACGUAUUUCAGCUUCCCUAGGGAGAGCAUCAUUAUCCGUGUGGGUAAUAGGUCUGCUUGAUUUAUUAUUAAAUCAUUAAAGCAGUGAAGUGAUGCAGUUUUCUCUCUCUUCAGCCCCAUUUGAAAGGCUAGAGAAGGGGAUAUAUAAAAUAUAUUCAAGGUUUGUAAGAUUGUUCCUGUACAUAAUUACAGAUUGCAAUAAAAGUUUAGAUACAUUAAGUAAACCCAGCCCACUAAAUGGGCAGGUUACAAGACAAAUGUCACCAGCCUCAAGCAUUCCGUGAACUAUUUACUGAAGGUACAGUUGUGUUGAAUUUGUCACGGUAUGGUCAGUGACUUACUUCCUGGAAUCCUCCUCACAGAGGAAACCAUGGAAGCUCAUCAACAGGAUGGUAAAAAGGGACAUCGAGUGAUUUCUAGUUAAGUCACUAAAGAAUAUUUAUGUAUUUUGAAGAUUUUAGAAACCAGUUGCCUUAGAGGUUAGACUUUUGGGAAGAAAGCUACAAAUCUUUUCCCCAGGCCCAAGGGAAGUCGCUUUAGUCUGUGACAUCUUGUUAUCCUGCUGUUGACUUGACAUGUUUGAUAUACUGGUAACUAUAAUCCCACACAGUGAAACACAGAAUUUUCUGCUACUGAAAACUGCCUUUUUACAAAAUGACUGUAAAUAUUUGUAAAAUAAAAACAACUUUAAGUUCAAAAGGAAAGCUAGAACUAUGUAGGAGAUCUUGGAACUGUGUCAAUGAGCACAGUAACUGAUCACAGAAUGAUCAUUGUAGCAUCAGUCAAAAGUGAAUAAAUGUUUAUUUAUGGCAAACUUACACUUUGCGAAUGGCUUCAUUCUGAAACUUCCUUUCUGGUAAAUGUUAAUAAAUUUUAAAUAUUCAA